UUUCCCCCGAUGGUACAAUACAAUGUGCGCUGCAACACAGAUUGGGGGGAUCUCUUCCUCGCGUCCCUCAUCCACUGCGUGCCAUUGGCACAUUGCCCUCUCUGUUGACGUGUGGAACGACGGGAUCAUCUGUAUCAGGCAGUGCAAAUCCGCCUCCCGGGCGGAUCGCACCGGGUGGUUCUUGCGCAGAUGCUGUACCGCGCGGCGCGUUUUCGAUGCGUUGCCGUCAGGAUGGCAGAUCGGAGGGUCAGGACAUGACUGGGGCGAACUAUCCUUCCGGGGUGCCUCUUCAGUACAUCUCCGCCGGAGGAAAAGGCUGCCUAUGUCCACUGACGGGGUUCGCGCGGGAGGAACGAAGGUGUCUUGGAGCGGCGCGCAGCAAUCAACGUCCAGCACGUCCGUUUCGAAGAGUCACGCUGCAUCGACCGGAUUGGCAGUCGUCGUGCACACGAUUGGGUGUUUUAGCCAUGCAUGUCAGUCGAUGAUCAUACGUUAUCCGCCCGAUUCUCAUCGUUGCGUCAAUGGACGGCUUGGAUCUACAUCUUGCCACGUGGCAAGAGGAUACUUGCGAGAAUUCGAGCUUGUGGUGUAUUGUUGCGAACUCGUCUCUAGACUCUACCGCAUUGACGAUCUCUGACUGGGUUGAUCGCAUUGACGACAUCCUGAUCUUCAGAUAUGACUGUUCGCUAGAGGUUUCCGUUCGCGGGAACAAGUUGUUUAUGUUCAAUUAAGGGAUCGCAUUUAAUUUGGAUUCCAAGCGGCAGAAAAAGCGGGUCGAGCAAGCGUUGAAAGUCACGAUUCAUGAUGAGGUCUUGGCAUGAGGCGCCAUAAUGCCCUAACAAACACAAAUCCAGCUCGGAUGGCUGAAUCAUCCGAUCGUACCAAAGAUUGAUUCAACGUCUCGACUCUUCGGCGACAUCCCUCUCCCUGGUAUGGCGACCGGGAAAGCUCAAGAUUUGGGGGACGGAAGUGCCCAAGGUUGCCGCCGCUUUUGAGAUGACGACAAAUGUUCGGCUCACUCGGCCUAGCUCUGCAGGCGCUGCUGAACUCGCUCUCGCCUGGAUCAGAAGCUCAGCCAAAUCAGAAACUGGAUCCAAAGACCGUUCAGAAGCUAUCCGAAAAGCUGAAUGAGCUGGUUGGAGGUCAAUUGGGAGAGGGUCAAACUCAACUCCGAAAUGAGCAGGGACAGCUUCUCAAUGAAGAGGGUCUUCCGAUAAUCGAUAUUACCGAGCCCGUAGGCGCCGUCGAUCGCGCGUCCGAACCGGUCGUGAGGGAGGAUAUUCUACCCGUCUCCCUCUCAUCGCUUUCCGCAUCAGAACGCACGCGGCUUCGCCUGCAACGAGAACGCAUACUCGAUCUGCUGGAGGAGGAGGAACGAGCGAUGCAAGAAAAGGAAGAGCUUGCUUCCAGGGACGAGGAAGAGCAAGAGAAGCGGGACAAGAGGAGGAAGGCUGAGGAUGAACUCGCGAGGCUAAAAGCGAACAAGGAAAUGCAGAGGAAGAUGGGAAAAGCUCUUUUGAAGGAUAUCUCAAGCUCGAAUCCAAAACAGACAACGCCUAUCGGCUCAUCCCAACCUACGGCUCCUCGGAAGAGUGUCAAGUUUGCUGAUGAGGAGGAAUCUGAGCCACAAGUCGCAGUCACCGUGGAACAAGACUGGGGUGAUGUUGUACCUGCGAGGUUGCGAGCGAACAAUGGACGUUCACUGCUCGCGAAGACCGAUAACACCCAGACGAUGAGGCUCAAUGUUGUCGAACGGUUCCCGGGGAAGCCAGCUGCUACAUUAGAAGACGGGCCCGAUUCUGACGACGAAUCAGAGCCGGACUCUGAACCGCCUCAAUCGCCGACGAUUGAAGACUCUGAUGCAGAACCCGUCUCCGACGAAGAAGAGGAGCAGGAUCUAGUGGAGGAAGUCGAUCUCGACUACGCUCAUGCGCAGAGGGGUGUGGCUUUGGAAAACUAUGUGAAGCGAGGCAAUUUGGGCACAAAUGCGUUACGAUUCGACGAGGAUUCGCGUUCGUAUUCAACGGCUGAAGACUCUCUGAUUCAAGCUCCCCGCAAAAAUGCGCUCUCCCAGUUUCAAGCAAAUCGAUUGGCCUCGUCUUACAAUCUAUCGUCCGGCACGAACGUCCCGACUGCGUCUUCCGCACGAACAUUGCAGCAGGCCGUCCGACUAGGCAAGCUGGACUCGGACGGGAGGUUGGUUGGUGAAGAGAGUGAUGGCGAAGCAGAAGCAGAUUUGCAAGACAUGAUGGACCUGCUGCGACGAGGAGAACUGUAUAACAUUGGCCCUGAUGCUGCAAAUCCGGAUGCAUUGCAUGUGAUUCCGCCUCUGAAUCAAUUUGAGCCCAAGAGCUCAGGGCUUCCCAUUCCGCCUGUCCCGGCCAUAGCACCUUCCUCACGAAAGCAUUCAGCAUCCCAGUUCAAGUUGGCCCGACCGGAGCGGCGACCGGCUACUACAUUGGAUGCUCGGCCCGCAUCCCCGAUGACGUCAUCUGUCAUGGAAUCGAGCGUUGUCGAGAAAAAUGCGCCUGCUUUCUCUUCCAUGAUCGUGGAAUCGCCCUCGUUUUUUCAAUCUACCAGGCCACGCCAGCCGCCUACAAUUGUGAAGGCGUCAGAGGCGGGAAAAAGUAAAAAGAACCAGCACCCCAUGUCUGGGGCACCACCCAGUUUGGAGAACGGAGCGCCUGCGCCCGCCCGCAACGUGCGUUCCCCUCAGCCGUCCUCCUCUACGACUUCUUCCGCUUCAUCCGUCGGCGGCUUCGAUGCCUUGCUUCUCUCCGCGAUCAAAGCUGUACACUGGCCUGCAUCGCUUCAAUGGAUCCCGGGCAACUUCACCUGGGCCAAAAUCAAGCCUGUUAUUCGAUGUAGCAUCACCGCAUGGCUGUCUCUCGUCCUAUUCUUGAUACCGAGUGUUGAGGUCAUGUUGGGCAACGCUAGCUUUCUCGUCCUGAUCAGUGUCUCAUUCCUCUCCCCGCCCAACGAUCCACUCAUGUCAGUCGUGGAACGCGAACUAAACAUUCUGUUGUUUGUCACGGUCGCCUGGGCCUGGAGUUGUUUGGGAAUCAAACUGGCGGAUUUCGCUCGGGUGAACCGCGAUCCCACAGUCACGCUGAGCCAGGCAGUGACCGGCCAAUAUCUGGAAGUGGCGCCCUCGGUCAUCAUCGGCGUGUUCAUCUUCCUAGGGAGUGUGACUUUACUAUCCAUCAAAGCCCGCGCCGUGCCCAGUCAGAUCUUUGCUUGUGUUCUGGGUUGUCUCGGUUGGAAAAAGCAUUCUGAUCCCGAUAUCGUUCCACUGCGCUAUCGCGAUCCUAUGCUCAAUCCUCGUGUUUCCCUCCAGCAUCUCGCGCAAUUCACGACGAGAAUGGGCUUGGUAAUCGCACCCUUGAUCCAAGCCCUAGAGAUGCACAAAAACAUCCUGCAGAUGGACCCCUAUUCUCCAGAAUUCGCCGCGACUGCAACCAAAAUCUCCGCUGCAGUAAGCAAGUCCGAGGCCAGUUUAGUGCCAGUCGCAGCUUCCGCCCGACUUCUCAAAGGAGAUCUCGUUUAUUCUCGAUACGCGCCGACAGAUCUGCGUGUUCUACAGGACAUGGCCCGGCGCAUGGCUGUCCGAGGAAACGGCAUGGGCAUUUUCUUCACUCUGAUCGAGCCCAUGCGUGAAAAGUUUCCUAUCACGCCGGUCUUAUCAAGAAUCCACACUCCGCUCCCAGGCAGUCCAGCGAUGUCUCGGCCACCUUCUCCGCCGCAGUCGCCUCGGGAAAGCGUGAACGAGUUCGAUUUCUCGGGAGAAGAGACGAGCCCGCCCUCCCCGCGGAGCAUGAGCCGGAGCCGGCAUCGACACUCGCACUUCCACCCACACCAACUCAGUCUCCUGCAUCACACGCUACUCAAUCUGCCGCUUCACCGCAAGAAGGCCGAGCAUGCCGUCGGUGUGUUUGAGUCGCACCGGUACCUUGAUCUGGAGGCGCACAUGCACCAUCCCGAGGCCGAAGCGCACACCAGGGAGAUCACCGCGCUGCUCGCCCAGAGUUGCAUCCCGCUGCUCGAGAGCAGUCGCGAAGCACUGACAUGGACUCAAGAUUGGCUUGCCCAUGUCCGUCAAGGGAUGCUCGGCCGACUUAUGGCAGGAAAGAAGAGUCGCAGAGCGCUUCGAGAUCGCUUAGAGCAGCUGCCUCACAUCCAGCAGAGUCUCAAAUCUGCACUGCUUCGGUUCAACACGGUCGACAGACACGCUGUGCUUGGUCCUUGGCGACCCUCUUUCGAAUCCAACGGAGACCUGGACAUCCAUGACAUGCCCCCACACCGGCACCUAUUCAAUUGUUAUGUGUAUCAGUACCAUCUGCGUAAUGAGGCGGGUAAUAUCCUGACGAUGAUCGACAACAUCGUCGACUUGGAAAAACGUCGCACCACUAGUCAAUUGUGGACACCCGUUCAUUCAUUCGACUUCUCUCGGAAGAACUGGAUCCACUGGCACAUCUCAGACCUAGAGCAAGACGAAGAGGAUCCAGACAGAAUCCCGGGUGUCUCGCCUGCUCUAGACGACUUUGAUUUGGGCGACGCAAAACGGCGCGAUCCAGAUGCACUGCCUCCGCGAAAUCAUUUCGAAUGGUUCAUGAGUAUGCUGUACCGGGCCGUCGCACAGCUGGGGCGAGGCAACGCGCUGUUUGCGAUCAAAGGCGCUAUCCUCACGAUUCUUUUGUGUCUUCCGACCUUCCUCAAGUCGUCGGCGACGUUUGCAUACGAGAACAAAUUUGUGUGGGGCAUCUUCAUGGGCCAGGUCACGAUCUCCCGAUUUCGCGGCGACACGGUGUUCGGCCUCAGCAGCAGAGUGCUCAGCACCUUCUUUGGUGGUCUGCUGGGGAUGGUGAUGUGGUAUAUCUCCGCUGGUGCAGGGAGUGGCAGUGCCUACGGCCUAGGCGCCGUGUGCGCCGUCUGUUUUCCGUUCUUUUUCUAUGGGAGAGUGUAUUGGCCUGGCCCGCCGAUGCGCGUGAUCAUUUUCUUCGUGACAUCUGUGCUCGUGAUUGGGUAUAGCUACCAGGAUCACAUCAUCGCGCUGCCCGGGAGCCCAGGCUUUGGAUGGGACGUGGCCUGGCGGCGAUUCCUUCUCGUGACGGCUGGCGUGCUGGCAGCGGGGAUCUUCUCAUUGCUGCCCCCUUCGAUGACGAUCCGUCAGUACGAACGGAAAACGAUGGCGACCGUCGUGUCUGAGCUGGGCACGCUCUACUGCGACAUCAUCUCGUUUGCGAAUGCGCACCAUGAGGUGGAUCCGCAGAUGAUUGUUUCUGCACUUAUCGCUGUGCGGAGCAAGAUCAAUCGUUCGAUGACGCUCAAGAGCAAUGCUGUUUACGAGGCACAUUUCACCCUGUCUUUGGAUCUCAUCUAUGCUCAACCCCACCGUACAGUUCUCUAUGAAGGGCCGCUGGCCAGCAGAACGGUAUCAGAAGAUCAUGGAACUUCAACUGGCGAUGUCCUGGCUGUCAUCAGCAUGAUUUCUACGGCACUACGCACUGGGAACGCCCUUCCUCAGAUCACCCCGUGUCCCCUGGUCGAUCGGUUCCAGACCCAAUACGGACUGCAAGUCAUCCACAAGGACUCGGAGGAAGACUACGGCCUGCCCCGAACACUGACACUUGAAACAUUGCAGAACGAACAGUACCUCAACUUCUGUGUCGGUGUGUCCACGGCAUACGGCAUAAUGACGCGCUUGGACAGACUCAUGGUCACCGUCAAAGAGAUCGUGGGAGAGCAGUAUCAUAUCCAUGGAGCGGGUCUUCCGCUGACGACACGACCACCCGCUGAUAUUUAG